CCAAAGUCUCAAGGCUCUUCAAUGUUUUUUAUAAGUACUUGACUAAUGAAUGACUGUCUGGUUUUAUAAAGGCAAUCUACUGCUGUUGGACCAACCAUAUCUUCUCAGAUGGUAGUUUUGCGUAUAAUUCACGCUCUGUAUAGAUCGGGGAUUGUAAAUUUUAACCACUAACACUCAUUCAUUGACUCGAAAUGAAAACGCAUGUCAUCAUCGUGAGUUGCUGUGUGACUGAUUUCACCACGGAACUGCACUUCCACGUGGUAUGUUUGAUUCAAAAUCAAAAAGUAGUAGGUUGCCUUGUGAACUGGAUCACAAGUGUAUACUCAGGACAGAACAGGGUAUUUGUUUUUUAUCCUUUGAUUUUCGUUUAUAUCAAACUUUGAUGAGAAUAGUUUUCAAACUUUACAGUAAUUCAAAAUGUUUUUAACCAGGUCUUUACAUUUGUUUUUAUUCUCAUGUAAGCAAAGUAUUAUAAUACCACCCAGCUAAUCCAUUUUGUUUUGUUUUCUCACCUCUGAAGUAAACUAUGACUUCACAACCAGUCUCUGAAACGGAACUACGUAAAUGGGGUAACUGUUUACUAGACCCAUCAGCUAAGCUAGUCGAUCGUUCUCGUGCCCUCUGGGGAUUACGUCAUGCUGCCGAACCACUAGCCUUGGAACUGUUGGCUGAUUUUGUAUGCAACUAUGUUCGCCCAUCACCGAUAACCAAUGAUCUAUUACAACAUGAAGCUGCUUAUUGUCUUGGCCAGCGAGGCGAUCCAAAAGCGAUUCCCUAUCUCUUGCAAGCUAUCCGUAACGAAAAGCAUGUUACACUUAUUCGACAUGAAGCUGCUGAAGCGUUAGCUGCACUGAGUGGAUGUCAUGGUGCAGAUAUUGAGCAAGUUGAAAAAGCAUUGAAGGAAUUCGCUAAUUCAAAUAUAACAGAGCUGGCUGAAACAUGUCAAGUUGGCUUGUGUCGUAUUGAAUGGAUCAAGGGUAAAAAGCAACAACAGCAGAAUGAGACUAGUCUUCCUGGUGUUAGUGACUUGGCAUUACAGUUCUUCCCAAAUACGACUGAUCCUGCGCAUAGCUUUGGUGUAGAUCAGAACUAUACUGAUGAACAACUUCAUGAUUUAUUAAUGGAUCCCUCACAGACACUGUUCACACGUUAUCGUGCAAUGUUUACUCUGCGAGAUCAUGUCUUAAAGGCAAUUUUGGACAAGACAUCACCAGAGAAACCAGCCAACUUGCUGGCUCAAGGCUUGGAAGCAUCAAGUAGUGCUCUGCUUCGACAUGAAGUUGCUUUUGUACUUGGACAGUUGACUGUAGCCAGCACUGUUCCCUUCUUGUCAGCCUGUGUUCGUACAACUACUGAGCACCCCAUGGUAAGACAUGAAGCUGCUGAAGCACUUGGUUCGAUUCUUGGGGAAUUAGAAGGGAAAUUCUUAACAGACAAUGUGAAAAGGGAUGUACCCAAGGAAUUUGAAUAUCAAGCACGUAAAGUAUUGGAAGAAUUCACCAAGGAUAAAGAAGCAGUGGUUCGUGAAAGUUGUAUUCUAGCGUUGGAUAUUGCCGACUACAUUUCGUCACCUGAGCAGUUUCAGUAUGCUGCUGUACCACAAAAUUAG